AUGGAUUCUCUCCCUCCUUCAAUGCUUCAUAAGAUUCUCUCUACGGUAGCAACGAUGAAUAUCCGGGAUUUUGGUUCUGCAAGGAUUGCUUUUCCCGGGUUCAACGAAGUUGGAAGAGAAGAUCACUUCUACAGAUCGGCCAAUCUCAUUUACCUGAAUGACUGGGUAGACGAGGUCAGUGAUGUUCGAACAUUCAGGCUUAAAUGCUACCGUUCGGGUAAUCCAGAGGCCAUAUACUUGAGAGGUAUGUAUGAGUUCUUCAUCCUCUAUUUAGUUGAUGAAGGAUGGGAAAAAAUCCAUCUUGCUGGUGAGAGAGGAUGCGAGUUGGCCCAGUAUGUUGAUGGAAUGAUGAACUUAGCCUUUAGCGUUGAUCAGAGGGGAAUUGUUCACAACUACCCUGCCUUUACUCGUCAACAUGUUGAUAAGAUGUUUCAAAUCAUCUAUAGUUGGCAACUCUCAGGCCAUUGGGAUUACGAUAAACCUGGCAUGUUUCUAUCUAUGGCUGAAAGGAUAGAUCCUAAUGUGCCAUGUGAUUGCUGGUGUUCCCACAUAGACCCUCCAGAGUUUGAAGUCUCCCUAGAUGGAUCACGAUCACGGUGGAAAUGCGAUCGUUGUUUCUGGAAUUGUGCAGCGUAUGACUUCUGCUUCCAAAUACACUUGACUGCUCGCACAUGGCGAAUUGUAAAGUUAGUUUUAUAA